AUGACCUCAAACAUGCCGUGCACAAGUAGUAAAGAUUGUGACAUAGAGGAACUUCUUUGUGCUCUUGACCAAAACACCAAUUCUUAUAAAUGCAAGCCAAAUGCAUUCGUGCCAAGAGAUACUCGGAUAAUCUAUCAUUUGUUUUUGCCACGAUAUCCUUCUAAAGAACGAAAAACUUAUGACCAGACAUCUCAGCCUCCUCCGUCACAAAAAGGUUUAUACGCUCGCAUGAAGCUACUUGACGUGGGUAAAAGUUGUGUAUCCGAUGAACAAUGUUUUUCUAAUAACUGUGAAAAUUCGGUUUGCACCUUAAUAAAUGAAUCCGCAAUCAGGAAACAAAGUGUUAUUGCUGCAGUGAAAAAUGUGCAGUUUAACAGCAUGUGUAGCACCCAAAGGUUAAGCAUUGCAAGUACAACUUCUAAAACCAAUUCAAUUAUCACCAUUAACGGUGAGAACAUAACCGAUGGACCUUACUUCGGCGACCAAAAUCCUUAUAUUCUGCCGUUGCAUCGGAGUUCGAACUCAUUUACGAGCGAUCAUAUAUUUAGUCUGUUUUCAAACCAACAUUCACAUGAAAGAAGAUACACCCCCGCCUUUUUACCAAUAAUACCACAGGCAACAUUAAGGAAUUCACCCGAAGAGUGGGAAAAUGGAAACAGUUUUCCUGAAAAAAGAACUAAUGGUACACUGCAUCCUCGCUAUUCUCCUGAUGAAAGAACUCCAUUGGAUUUGGUUGAAAAUACAUUCAAUGAGUGUCCUCCUCCUGCAUAUUUAAAGGCAGAGAAAUAA